UGAAAGUGAAACUAUUAAAGCAGGAGCCAUUUUAAGAAGAAAUAUAUAAAUCGCAGGAGGAGAGAAAAUACAGUAGAUUCACUCGUCGGGACACUGUGUUCACAAUGAGUGUCUCAGGGAAUAUAAAAAGUUUGACUGAUGGAGAAUCUCCUAAACCCAGCUGUGUGUCCAUGAAGAGUGAUGAUUCAAUGGGUAAAUUAAUCUACUUCAGUUCAGGAGACUGUGAUGAUACAGAUGUGAGUAACACAACAGAUGGAUCAAAGUCCUUUAAAGGGAAGCACAUGGAUGUUGUUUUUCAGGAGCUUGAGCACAAACUCAUCUCUCUGAUGAAGAAAGAGCUGAAGAUCUUCAAGAGUCUACUGAGUCCAGAUUACCCAUCAUGCUCUGAGAGAGAAGAGGAGGAUGAUGAAGAUCAGAUCAGAGUCAGAGAGAUGUUUCUGAAGAUCACACUGAACGUCCUGAAGAAGAUGAAACAGACAGACCUCGCUGACAAACUACAGACCAAACUUGCCCCUGUAUACAUGAAGAAACACAAAUCCAGACUAAAAGAGCAAUUCCAGAGAAUGAAUGAAGGAAUGUCAGCUCAAGGAAGCUCAACACUUGUGAAUGAGAUCUACACAGAGCUGUACAUCACAGAGGGAGGGAGUGAAGACAUCAAUAAUGAACAUGAGGUGAGACAGAUUGAGACAGCAUCCAGAAGAUCAGAGACACAAGAAACACAAAUCAAAUGUAAUGACAUCUUUAAAGUCUCACCUGAACAAACCAAACCCAUCAGACGUGUGCUGACUAAAGGAGUCGCUGGAAUUGGAAAAACAGUCUCUGUGCAGAAGUUCAUUCUGGACUGGGCUGAAGAAACAACAAAUCAAGAUCUUCACUUGAUAUUUCCACUUCCUUUCAGAGAACUGAAUCUGAUCAAAGAGACAAAUAUCAGUCUGAUGGAUCUUCUUCAUCACUUCUUCACAGAUACAAAAGAACUGAGAUCAACAGACUUUGAGGAUUAUAAAGUUGUGUUUAUCUUUGAUGGUCUGGAUGAGUGUCGUCUUCCUCUAGAUUUCUCAAAGAAUCCCAGUUUGUUUGAUGUCAGAGAUUCAGCGUCAGUGGAUGUGCUGCUGACAAACCUCAUCAAGGGGAAUCUGCUUCCUUCUGCUCUGAUCUGGAUCACCUCUCGACCAGCAGCAGCCAAUCAGAUUCCUCCUGAGUGUGUUGAUCUGAUCACAGAUGUACGAGGAUUCAAUGACCCUCAGAAGGACGAGUAUUUCAGGAAGAGAAUCAAUGAUGAGAGUCUGGCCAACAGAAUCAUCACACACAUGAAAUCAUCCAGAAGUCUGUACAUCAUGUGUCACAUCCCAGUCUUCUGCUGGAUUUCAGCCACUGUUCUCCAGAGAAUGUUGAGUGAAGCAGAGAGUCCAGCACAGAUCCCCAAGACUCUCACUCAAAUGUUCACACACUUCCUGAUGUUUCACAUCAAACUGAAGAGUCAGAAGUAUGAUGGGAAAUGUGAGGUAGAUCUUCAGCAGGCUAGAAAGAGUCUUGAGUCUCUGGGAAAACUGGCUUUUCAACAGCUGGAGAAAGGGAACCUGAUCUUCUAUGAGGAGGAUCUGAGAGAGUGUGACAUUGAUGUCAGAGAAGCGUCAGUGUACUCAGGAGUUUGUACUCAGAUCUUCAGAGAGGAGUUUGGACUGAACCUGGGGAAGGUGUUCAGCUUUGUGCAUCUGAGCGUUCAGGAGUUUCUCGCCGCUUUAUUUGUGUUUCUGUCAUUUCUUCAGCAAACAUCAGAAAACUUCAGCAGAUUGAGAUCAAAUAUGAGUGAUUUACUGAAGAGUGAAGUGGACAAGGCCUUACAGAGUGAGAACGGACACCUGGAUCUUUACCUCAGAUUUCUUCUGGGUCUUUCACUGGAGUCCAGUCAGACAAUCUUACGAGAUCUGAUGACACAGACAGGAAGAAGCUCUGACAAUAAACAGGAAAAAGUCGAGUACAUUAAGAUGAAGAUCAGAAAGAAUCUCUCUCCAGAGAAAUCCAUCAAUCUGUUUAACUGACUGAAUGAACUCAAUGAUCAUUCUCUAGAGCAGGAAGUACAAACAUAUGUGAACAGAAGAGAUAAAUAUAAUCUCUAUGGAGUCCGUCUCUCUCCUGCUCAGUGGUCGGCUCUGGAGUUUGUGUUACUGAACUCAGAAGAGAAGCUGGAUGAGUUUAAUCUGAGAAAAUAUGAUCAAUCAAAUGAAUGUCUUCUGAGGCUUCUGCCAGUGAUCAAAGCAUCCAGAACAGCUCAUCUGAGAUACUGUAAUCUGACAGAGGAAAGUUGUUCAUCACUGGCGUCAGUUCUCAGAUCAAACUCCUCAAGUCUGACAGAACUGAACCUGAGUCACAAUAAACUGAAGGAUUCAGGAGUGAAGCUGCUCUCUGAUGGACUGAAGAAUACAAACUGUAAACUGAAGACACUAGAUCUGUCUGGUUGCAGUAUUGGAUCUGAAGGUUGUGUUGCUCUGACUUCAGCUCUGAGAUCAAACCCCUCACAUCUGAGAGAACUGGAUCUGAACUAUAAUAAUCCAGGAGAUUCAGGAGUGAAGAUGCUCUCUGAUCUACUGAAGGAUCCACACUGUCAACUACAGAAACUAAUGUUGUAUAACUGCAGUAUUGGAUCUGAAGGUUGUGUUGCUCUGACUUCAGCUCUGAGAUCAAACCCCUCACAUCUGAGAGAACUCAAUCUGAACUAUAAUAAUCCAGGAGAUUCAGAAGUAAAGCUGCUCUCUGAUCUACUGAAGGAUCCACACUGUCAACUACACAAACUAAUUAUUGAACCUCAUCGAUAACAAUCACCUAGAGACAGUGGCAUUACCACAAAAGUGGCACAGGCGUGGCCUAAAGAACACAUCAUCACCCCAACGCUGCCCAUGAAGUCACAUACUUGUGUAUACUACAGAUAUAUGCACCCUGCAGCAGUCCAUCACUGUCUCAUUCACUGAAGAGAUUUUAUACAUUUUAAACAACUGGACAGUAUUUAAAAAAUAACAAUGACCAAAAAACAGUACUGUACACCUUUUACAUA